UUGGUUUAUCCGUGGUCAUUUAAGUUUUAUGGUCCUGGCCAGCUUUUAAAAUUAGCUUAAUACAACCUCAAAUAAACCAUAAUGUAUUAUGCAUAGGUCUAUGAUUAUUAUUCAGAUGCUUAUUCCAGAUUUAAAAGCAGUUUCCGAGUAAAAAAAAUAAAGUUCCUCGCUCACUUGAAAAUCUUGUUAAAUCACCUCUGGUUCUGAUUUCUUGAAGUGAAUGUCUGCUGUAUUGUAUUUUAUUGUCAUUUCAUUCUGAUUGACAUUUUAUCUUUGAAAACAGACACAAAUUGUAAUGUCAUGAAUCAGUCAUUCUCAGGUAAAUGUGUGUUUACUGUGUAAUAUUACAAUCAGAGUUGAGGUAAAUUUUGUCUUGUUUUCACUUAAAAACAUUUUUAAGUUAUGACAGGUUUAUGAGUUGUUUAACAGAUUUUGUAUUUAUGUAAUUUUAACAACUGGAAGGGUUUAGUUGACUUUUUCCUGAUACUAAGAUGACCAAUAUAUUUAGUUAGCUCAUAUAAGAGUUUCAGACAACGAAUAUUUUUUCUCUAGGUAUCUCCUCAACGUGUUUUUGCAGUGGUGGUCCUCCAUCACACAGGUGGCGCUAUUGAACAAUUCCCAUCAUUUUUAACGCUUUAAAGAUACUGUCGUUUUGCUCUCCAGAACAGUUUAUGGCAGAUUUAUUUUGACCAAACCUUUUUCCACCAAAAAAGGUUAAUUUCGUCUACGUAUUGUCACAGCAAACUAUUUUGGAGCUCACUUUAUUUAUGUUUUUGAUAAAAACAGCUAUUUGAUCGUGUCGCAGAUGACUGUUUUCCAACAGAAGAGCCUCUAUAAACUGUGAAAGGCAGUACGAUGGAUCCACAUGACAAUGCCUGGAGUUUUCCCGAUCAAAGGCUGCAGGUACGUCUGGAGCUAGAUCAACAGAAGCUUGUCAACAUCAACAGGAUAGAGAGAGUCCCAAGGUUUACCGAUCACUGGCAAACACGCCCUAUGUACACUGCUGUCCAGCCUCACAGCGGUGGGGCAGCCUGGAAGGAACCCAUUCCCCCACCCCUGAACUCCCCAGACCCAGAUGGAAACCCAUUCAACUCAGAGGAUGAGGAAGAUGCUGAGUUGGCGAGAAAGAAGCGAGAGCUUCAGGAGUUACAUGAGCAGAUUAUGCAUAAGAAAACCACCAUCGCUAUCAAAGCAAUUGAGAUGAUUAUGAAGAAUCCAGAUUCUCCUGAUGACCAGGAGUUUGAUACUUACAAUCCUGAAUCGCUUCGAGACAGAGUGACUGAGAUAUUGCAGCAACGUUCAUUCAGCUUUUUCUCCAAGGUUAAGUUAUGCAAGCUAAAAGCAAAAGCCGCUGCUUCGAGAAAAGAUGAAGUGAAGCAGCAGCACCAUCCACUGAAGCUCAGAGUGAAGGCAUUAAAGGCAAACAGACUCAGGGACCCCCCCGGCGUUUUACCACCCAACAUAGAGAAGAUCCUUGAUGUUCCUCCACCUCUCACCGCCCGGGCUGUUGCUUCACCAGCUAAAGAGGAAAGCAACGCUGCAAAGGGCUUCGAACGCUUCCUCAAUGUGCUCAACAGAGGACCUGAUCUCAACCUGAAAAACAUGCUUUCAGAUGACCCUCUGCCUCCUCCUGACCACAUCAUUACUUCGCCUGGAAAGCAGCAGCAGGAGGAGACCGCCACCAACAAGGGAUAUGAGCACUUACUCACUGCUCUCAAGACAGUAGCAGCAGCAGUCCCUAACAUGAAAAAAACGGGCCCUGAUGUCCCUCUGCUGCCUCCUGGCCGCAGCAUUACUUCCCCUGAAAGGCAGGAGAGCACCACAAGCAAGGGAUAUGAGCGCUUACUCCGUGUUCUCAACAAAGGAGCCGCUCCCAACUUGAACACCACGAUCCCUGAUGUUUCGCUAAAUCCUCCCAGCCAUAGCGACCCUCAUAGAACAAAAAAGGAGAGCAGUACCAAGAAGAGUCCUGAGGGCGAGAGCAGAGCCAGUGGAGGUUCUGAGCAUACAGGGCAACAUCCUGAGAGUAAGAGCAGUGCAAGCAGAAAAUCUGAGAACAAGAGCAAAGCCGACAGACACUCAGACAGCGAGAAAAGUGAAAACAAGCAUUGUGAUCACGAGAAAAGUGUCAACAAGCAUUUUGACCGCAAGACCAGUCCAAAAAGAGGCAAUGAGGGCAAAACUGGUGACAGCAGAGCUUCUGAGCACAAGAGAAGUGUUGACAGAGACUCUGACCUCGAGAGUGCCAUGAGCCAACGUUCUGAAGUCAAGAAAAGAAAUUCUGAUUGUAAAGACGGAGCUGAUGGAGGUUCUGAGAACGCGAGCAACCUUAAAACACCUUCUGAAUGCAAGAGCAGUGUCCACAGAGUUUAUGAGCGCGAGAGCAGUGUGAACCAAGGUUCUGGGAUUGAAAACAUUCUCGAGAGAAGUUCCGAAACCAAGAGGAGUGUCAGCAAGGGCAGCAUUGAACGGCUCCUGGAAGGCAAGGGCAGCUUGAAAAGAAAUUUUGAGUCAGAUAGCAGUGAAAACAGAAGCUCUGGGCACAAAAACAGUGGCGACCGAGCUUCUGAGUCAGAGAGCGGUGUCAAUAAAACUCUUAAAAGUGAGAGCGAGAAGAACAGAGGUCUCAAGAGCAAGAGCAGUGAUAACAAGGGUUUUGAGCGCUUUGUGAGUCUGCUUAACAGUGGAGUGGACAUCACCAAGCUCAGUAAGAUGAUCAAAGAUGAGGUAGAUGAUCUUCCAAAAACCUCUCCCUCUGGCUUGAAAAAGGCCCCCGAGGGUGAAAACCAGAAGUCCGAUACUGGAUUCUCGCUGCCAGGCUGCAGUGGGAUCAGCAGCGUGAAAUCAAAAACUGUCAAUCAAGAGACAUCCUCACCUGAAGAUGUUGAGGUGAAGAAAUUAAAAAAACGGAGCAGUUUGGACUCCGGCAGUCAACCAGAGCCCGCGUUUGAAGUGAAAAAGAAGAAGGAAGAGGAAAACGAAACCUCAGAAAUAGAUGAAAAGCAGAAACAAGUGCAGAGCAUUCUUAAAACGUUGGGUUUGAAUCUGGACGUGGAGGAAUUGACCAAACUAACAGAUCGCACUCAGGAGAGGCUGUAUGGAAGGAAGAAUGAAGGUAGAGAGACGAGCGAAAGCAGGAUGGAACAGAAAAGUCCACUUACGCUCUCCCAUAAAAAACACAGUCGGUCCCGCUCCUCCUCUUCCUCUUCGUCGUCCUCUUCGUACUCUUCUUCUUCCUCUUCCUCCCCAGCUUUCUCUAGAUAUGCCUCUAGAAGCCGUAGUCGGAGCCCUCGGGGCCGCAGGCAUCGGCGCUCUCGCAGCAGAGAUGCUCAUAGACGUUCUCGUGACAGAGGCAGAGAUGGAGGGAAGGGGCGUAGCAAGACUGAGGCCAGUAAAGACGCCCAGAGGGCCAGUUACAGAAACCAACAACAUCCUUUUCAUUCUCCUUACGGUGCUCCUUCUGCAUACACCGAUUACAGUUUGUACCAAUAUGCCCAGUACAUGAACUACUACAAUGCCUACAACAGUGCUAUAAACUCCAAUUGGGUGUUUGAUCCAAAUCAGAGUCACGUGCCACCGUCCCGUUCACAGUGGCACUCGGUAUUAGCAGAUAUGAGGCUUCCCAACCAACCUGGGCAGAUCUCACUUCAUGACUUCAUGCUGUUCAGGAAUCCAGACUUGUCUGGGAGUGAAGGUCAGAGCAACGAACGCUCUGGUUCUCGUUGCCUCACGGUCAUCGAUACUACACCGUCUUCUGCAAGCAGCGCGAUGGAAUGUCGAUGGUUUCCGAAUCUGGAGAGGAAUCAGUUGGGGUUGAAAAGAAGGAAUCAUAAAAAAAAUAAGAAAAAACAAUCUCCAAGUUCAGCUGGAGAUUUUUCACAGAAGAAAACUGUAGACAAGUCUGCUGAGAAAGAACCUGCAGAGACGUUGACUGCAGAGAAAAAAGCCUCAGAAACGGUUUCUAUGGAGAAAAAACCCCCAGAGACAAUUGCUAUGAAAGAAAAGAUUGCAGAGACAGUUGUUCUGGAGAAAAAGGUUGCAGAGACGGUUGCUAUGGAUAAAAGAGUUGCAGGGAAGCAAACCAUCUCCUCAAAGACCUUAAAAUCCACGCCGUCGCAGGGUAAGACUCCUGGUUAUGUAGGCAAGGUAAUGGAAGAGAAGAGACGUCACCUUACAGAGGAGAAAAUAAAGGCUAACCUGAGGGAAAAGCUGCUAGAGUUUAACCGGAAAGCGAAGCUGCUGACACAGCCCAGCUCCACCGUCAAGCCAUCAGCAAACUCCCUGGAUUCUGAGCUCCUUUAAUAGAUCUGGAGAAACUCUGACAUCCUCAGUGGAUCAUUGACCUUCAAUUCAGUUUUACAUAAACAUCUUGCUACUCCCUGUUCGAAGCUGAAUCCUCCUCCAAAUACCACAAGUAAAUGAAAACGUCCUCAGAAGAAUUCCUAGUUUACAUCAAGGUUUUUACUUUUGUCACUACUAAUUAUGUUAUGUUCUAACAUUUAUUUGCUCGUUCUGUUAUAGUUAACCUUAUUUUCUUCCCAUGAGUCUUUUAGAUUUUCUGGUUUCCCUAGUAAAAUGUUUAAAAACGGUUUAAA